GGGGCCCGGACCCUCCCUUGGGGGAAGCCCUCCAAGCACGCGCGACGCGGCGCCUUUACGGCACCAACUUGCCACCCUCACCGCCUCCGGAGCGGCCUCGAGGACCAGCGGCCCGGCCGCCACUGGCCAAUCGGGUGCGGGACUGGCCAGAGCCCAAUCCACAAUCACUGUAAACUUAGCUUUCAGUCCUCCUGCGGCACCGCCAUAACGUCAUCCGGCGGGCGCAGCGUCGUGCGGCGCUGACGUACGGCCUUUAAAGGCGGGGCGAGGCCGGCGCAGCUCUGACCAACUUGCCCGCUGGCUGAGGCGGGUCCAGCGCCGCGCUGAAGUGCUUCUCUGAGGGGCGGAGAGAGGCCGGGCCGGCGCGGCGCUGCUCUUGUGACGUACGUCCCCGCGGGCGGUGGCGGCGGCCCUUCAUGCUGCGGCGCCCGCUGGCCGGGCUGGCGGCGGCCGCCCUGCGCCGGGUCCCCUCGGACGGGAUGUCAGGACCAAGGCCCGUUGUCCUGAGCGGACCCUCAGGGGCUGGGAAGAGCACCCUACUGAAGAGACUCCUGCAGGAACACAGCAGUAUCUUCGGCUUCAGCGUGUCCCACACCACAAGGGACCCGAGGCCAGGAGAGGAGAACGGCAAAGAUUACUACUUUGUGACCAGGGAGGUGAUGCAGCGGGACAUUGCCGCCGGAGACUUCAUCGAGCAUGCUGAGUUCUCAGGGAACUUGUAUGGGACCAGCAAAGCAGCUGUGCGGGCCGUGCAGGCCAUGAACCGCAUCUGCGUGCUGGAUGUGGACCUGCAGGGCGUGCGCAACAUCAAGAAGACCGACCUGCGGCCCAUCUACAUCUUUGUGCAGCCACCCUCACUGGAUGUCCUGGAGCAGCGGCUGCGGCAGCGGAACACAGAGACGGAGGAGAGCCUGGCUAAGCGUCUGGCUGCUGCCCGGGCCGACAUGGAGAGCAGCAAGGAGCCCGGCCUGUUUGACCUGAUCAUCGUCAACGACAGUCUGGACAAGGCCUACUGGGUCCUGAAGGAGGCGCUCUCCGAGGAAAUAAAGAAGGCUCAAGCAACUGGUCACUCCUGAGGAGGUCCACCGGCUAUAACUCCUCAGGUGGGGCCUAGGGCCUGGCACCCACCUGCAGCGGGCCAGGGUCUCCGGCGGUGGCUCUGCUCACCUCAGCUAGCACCCAGGGUUUGGGGUGCUGCCUGUCUUCCCUUACUCCCCCACCAUGACUGGAGGACUUUUCUCUCACCUCCUCUCCCCAUGUCCAUUUCUAGGCUUCCUCCCCACCCCACCCUAUCAACCCCCCUCCCAUGGAAGUUGGGCCAACAUCCAAAUAAAGAACUGCUGGGUUAGAGUGUC